AUGCGCGACGCGAUCCUCGGUCCUGGCGAGUACACGUGCCGGCGCAUAUCGGUAGCCGGCGCAUGGGACGGCGUCGCCUUCGCCAAGGGCGUCUUUUCCAAGCGCCACGCGAUCAAGAGCUUGGUCAUGGCCAAGGUCGAGGCCAACAUUGGUCUGAGCGAUAUGGCCAGUGGCUGGGACGAGCUGCACGUGGGCCACCAGCUCGUGGCCGUCGACGGCAAGAGCGUUGACCACCUUUCAUCCUCGGAGCUUGCGCGCCUCUUGCUCGAUGCAACGGAGCUUACUCUCUUGAACGAAAAGCGCGGCCAGCUCGAGCGCGAGCUCAUGCUUAGCGUGCGUGGGUCAGUGCACUUUACGUCGGCCGUCGAGCUGCACGAGCGCAUGCAGCGUGCAGUGAAUUUGUUGCUAACGAACAAGCUCGACAUGGCCUUUGUCCUUCUCUCCGAGAUCCCGCCUGGCGCCGACGUCCUCGUGAGCGUCCUCAAGGCCGAGCUCCAAUUCGUACGCGCACUCGUGUCUCAAGAUGCACUCUGUACACAGAAAGCCAUUGAAGACGCUGCGAAGGCCGUUGCGAUCGCCGCCCAGUUCACAGAGCUGCCGCAGCGCUCGAUUGCGCGCAAACUUUGCUGCGACGCGGCGCUGGCAGAAGCGUAUGCGCUGACCGGCAUCGCGCACCUGCUCCAGCACGACGUCAACCCGGCCGUGACGGCGCUGCGCAAGAGCCUCACUCUCUAUACGUCGCUGCGCCAUGCGCUGACGACCGCGUCGGCGCGCCUGCCUCGCAGCACGUACACCGAUCUUCUCGGCCGCGCACGCUUUGGUCUUGGUGUCUUCCACCUCUUUAGCGCUGUUGUGCCGUCCGAGUUCCAAUGGAUUCUGCAGCUGCUCCAAGUCCGCGUCGACAUUCCAGAAGGUAUAAAGGCUCUCCACGCGGCGUGGUCGACGCCCAACUUGCGUGCGCCGUGGGCCGGCCUCGCACUGAUGAACGCAUCGCCCGCGCUGUUGCAACACCGGCUUCGCACCAAGUCGACAGCUACUUCAACAGCAUCAAAGACGGCGGCACUGGCGUGGACCGAUGACGAGCUGUCGUCGUCGUCCGCAUCACCGGCUUCGUCCGACGACGAAGGCGAUGCAUAUACAGCAACUAUGCACUGGCACGACCCAAAUGUCCAGCAGAAAACGCUGGAGCGGGUCGAGGCCGAGUGCUUGCGACGACAUCCAACGUGGGUCGUCUACCUCUGGAGUGCGAGCGUCGCGGCCCAGUGGCAAGACCCAUCCCGCGCGCUCGUCCUCGCUGUCCGCGCCGAGACAGCCGUCGGUGCGAAGGAGCGCAAGUACCAAUUGCAGCUCCACAAUGGGCACUUGAGCUUUCGUGUCCUUGCGAUCGAGCGCGCCACCUCGUAUUUCCAGACGAUCAUCACCCAGCACGCGCGCACCAAGGCCAUGGCGCCGACGCAGACGCAGCUCGAUGCGUGUGUGCACCUCGCAGCGUGCAUCGGUCUCGACGACCCGGUAGCUGUCAAGACGAUGCGGUCGCUGCUUCGCCAUGCGCUCUUCUUGAAGAAGGAGCCGAUCGACGACGACCUGGCGUUGCUACUCGACCGCGCGGCGUAUUAUGAACGCCUCCCGGACGCCCAUUUGCCGCUACUGGCCUUCGACUUGCUCUUUCUUACCUCGGACAAGCGACCCACGGGAUCGGAGACGGCACAGACGUGGAUGACGCGCACGUGUCCGGCGGUCGCGAGUCGCCCUGCGUCACGCAUCGCGCUCGAGACAGACGUGGCAAUGUGGUCGGUCGAUCACUGCUUGGAGACUCCAGACGACGUGCAUCUGCAGCUGGAUGCGUGGACGCUCUACGGUCUACUGCUGUUGCAAGACCCUUUGACGCGAAGCGACGCGCUGCAGUGCUUUGCGUCCGUCGUCGCUCUCAGCAACAUUUGGCCCGACAUCCCGACACCGUGCGUGGCAGCAGCGGCGUUCUACCUUGCAAAGGACCUCGUGCACGUCGCGUUGCCGUCAGCUCUGGAGGUCCUCCGACACGGCGCGUCGUACUACGGUGGUGAGAAACAGGGUCGUCUUCUGACGGCCAUGUACCAACGCCGCAUCAAGAUGCUCGAGUCUGUCCUGCGUCAUCGCUCGAGCAGUGCCGCGGCGCGAUAGAGGAGCUUCAGAACACCCACCCAUUUUUAAUAUCGACUCUUCUUCUAGC